UCUCUCUCUUUCCUGGAACAAUUUAAUUUCUCCUCCCUCUUCCUUGAUUUCAUUGCCAUGAAUUCCAGGAGCAGAUCAUCAGAUGAAAAUGAAUGUCCUGAAGAGAGCAGCUGGACUUUGUAUUUUCAAGAUUUCUCAAAUAAAAACACCAUUGAUGAUCUUAUGAACCAAAACAGCUCCUCCAUUCUUUCUCACAUCAGUCAUCACACCCCCGAUGCUGCCUGUUCUGCCGCUGGACCACUUCCUUCUUUAGAUCAUACACGUUUGAGUUUCAAGAAGAGAAAGAUCAAAGGACCAUCAUCUGGCUUCAUUGAUCAUGAUUUGGAAGAUACUGCUACUUCUCCUGCAAAUAGCCCCAAGGUUUAUAACCUGGGGAACCAGUUUGAUAAGCAGAAAGAUGAUGCCAUGGGGAUAUCACAGGAGAUGAAAGGGAGUGGUUCGGGGAAGAUAAAUGAUGAAGUGGGGUUUAUUGAAGGAGAAAAUGUUGGCCAUAAACUAAAGAAAAAGGGUCUUUGUUUGGUUCCUUUGUCUAUGGUACUUCAUUAUUUAGGUUGACUCCAAUUUUAUUUAUAUAAAUUGCAGACAAUUAUUGUUGCUGUGGAAAAUAUCAUAUUUACAUCUCUCAUUCCUCUUUGUUUUU